AACGGCGGGGCGGCGAUGGCGGGCGCAGGGGAUUUAAAUGUGGGGCCAGAAAAAGAACGGGCUCUGUCAGUGAACGCCGCCGAAAUACGGCGAGAGCAGCUCAUCCGCCGCAGUUGUCGGCGGCCGCGUACACACAUCACGCCGACUGUCAGCCAGCUGUUGGGGCUGGCAAGGGGACGGCAAAACGCGGCGCCGAAACAACCUGUGCGUAGCCAAACCGUCUGCAGAUCGGCCCGAGUGUGACUUCCACUGAUGUGUUGUAGGGCUCUGCGUGCUGGCAAGGGGACACGGUGCUCUGACUGGAACAAGACUGCAUCGAAGAGGAGCUCGGACGGCAUGCAAAGUUGUGAAAUUUCGUCAGACAGCACUGAUGAUCCUCUUAGUAGCGACCUACGCACUCAUCGGCAGCCUCGAAUAGUAGUGAUUGGUGCUGGCUUGGCCGGCCUUGCUGCAACAAAGGUCCUACUGAAAAACGGCUUCACGGAUGUCACUGUUCUAGAGGCAUCAGACCACAUCGGCGGACGAGUUCACAGUGUUCAGCACGGAAAAGCAACUUUGGAGCUUGGAGCCACGUGGAUCCAUGGUGCCAACGGGAACCCAGUGUACCACCUGGCAGAGGACAACGGGCUGCUGGAGCACACCACGGAUGGGGAGAGGAGCGUGGGGCGCAUCAGCCUGUACACCAAGAAUGGUGUGGCUCACUACCAGACCAAUGUCGGGAAGAGGAUCCCCAAGGACCUGGUGGAGGAGUUCAGUGACCUGUACAACGAGGUGUACGAGCUGACUCAGGAGUUCUUCCAGAAUGGGAAGCCAGUUUGCGCUGAGAGCCAGAACAGCGUUGGUGUCUUUACAAGAGACGUGGUGCGCAAGAAGAUCAUGUUGGAUCCUGAUGAUUCUGAGAGCACCAAGAGGCUCAAACUGUCCAUGCUUCAACAGUACCUCAAGGUGGAGAGUUGUGAAAGCAGCUCUCCCAGUAUGGAUGAGGUGUCUCUGAGUGAGUUCGGUGAGUGGACAGAGAUCCCUGGUGCGCAUUAUGUCAUUCCUGAAGGUUUCAUGAAGAUCAUUGAGCUCCUUGCCCAGGACAUCCCCUCCCGCACCACCUGCCUUUGCAAACCGGUCCGCUGCAUCCACUGGAACUACUCAGCCCAGCAUCGGGAGGUGAUCGCGAAGAGGAGCGACACCAACCAGGACAACAACCACAAUGAAAACCACCACAGCUGCCAACCUCACCAGGACCCUCUGAUCCUGGGACACCCCAUUUGCGUGGAGUGCGAAGAUGAGGAGUGGAUCACGGCUGACCACGUGAUCGUGACAGCUUCUCUGGGAGUGCUGAAGCAGAACCAUGAAGCUAUGUUCUCCCCCUCUCUGCCUGAGGACAAGGUACUUGCCAUUGAGAAGCUUGGCAUCAGCACCACAGAUAAGAUAUUUUUAGAGUUUGAAGAACCCUUCUGGAGCCCCGAGUGCAACAGCAUCCAGUUUGUUUGGGAGGAUGAGGCUCAGCUCGAACAGUUGGUCUACCCCGAGGAGCUAUGGUACAAGAAGAUCUGCAGCUUUGACGUCCUCUACCCGCCCGAACGCUAUGGAUACAUGCUGAGCGGAUGGAUCUGUGGGCAGGAGGCGCUGUAUAUGGAGCAUUGCGAUGACGAAACAGUGGCUGAGACCUGCACUGAGCUGCUCAGGCGCUUCACAGGGAACCCUGACAUUCCAAAGCCCCGGCGUGUCCUGCGCUCCUCGUGGGGCAGUAACCCCUACAUCCGAGGCUCCUACUCCUUCACCAGGGUGGGCUCCAGUGGCGGGGACUGUGAGAGGCUGGCCAUGCCACUGCCUUACGCCAACAGCACCAAGGCUCCGCCUCUGCAGGUCCUGUUUGCUGGAGAGGCCACCCACAGAAAAUACUAUUCCACUACCCAUGGUGCUUUGCUGUCAGGACAGAGAGAAGCCACUCGCCUGAUAGAGAUGUACCAGGACUUGCACAGAGCUCAAACCACAAAGCCUAAUAUGUAAAAUAAAAGUACCUCUGACUAGUGAAAAAAAAACCAAUAUUAAACUGUUGGGUUUUAAUCUUUUUAUCUUGAUGAUGAAGUUAUACUUAAAAGCAUAGCUUGGGCAUUAUUACAUUGAUAACAAAUGAGUAUUGAUUCUAUUGUACUGUAGAUUCAAAUCAUGAUAAGUUUUAUUUGAGAUGUACUGUUCAACAGUUGCCAAUGGUGCUGUCAUUUCUUGUCUUUAUCAUUCUCUCAUUAUGUUGUUUUUUAAAUCGGUAAUUUAAUGUUUAUAACAGCAUCUGUAAUUUAACUUGUUUUUGUAAGUGCCUUCUGUACGUAACAUUAUGUUGUUUCAAAAAUAAUGGAAAUGCUAAAUAAAA